AUUGAUCCAAUGGAGGAUCAACUCAAGGAGCUCAUCCCCUUCUUAAGGGAUAAAAAUCCACAGGUCCGACAAAUAGCCCUGUCAAAUCUGCUUGGACAAACACCAGAAGGAUCUCCACAUAGAAACAUAUUUUUCCGUGGCCUCGGAGGAGGCUUGCAGAAACCUAAGGAAACGGAUAUCGUCCGUGAUCUGAAGCUUUUAUGCAGGGAUCAACUCGCCGUUGCGCACGAUGCUUUUCGUGCAUUGGUCAAUCUCUCCGAUUCGCCACUACUAGUACCAUUUCUGUCAGAACCAGCAUUUCUCACUUUCUUGGUGUCAUACAUCUUGAAUGCAGACUCGAUUCUAGCAGAUUUGGCAUCCAUGCUGCUUUCCAAUCUAACCGCUUCAUCCUCACCAUGUGCGGCCCUUUUGGCCUUGAAAGUACCUAUUAUCUCGACACCGUCUUCAUCGUCCCCCUUUUUUCCAACACAGUCCCGCUCUGGAACUUGUUCUGCGCCAGUACCUUAUCCAUCAGGAGAACCGCAGGAUAUCCUCGCCUUACCGCUCCUUAUCGAUACAUUCGUACAUGGCGCAUCAAUAGAUCCCUCUGGGGAUCUAUCUUCCCGAAAGCGAAAAGGAGAGCUGCACUUUCUCGCCAGUGUCUUUGCCAAUAUCAGCACGUCUCCAGCUGGUCGCACUUUCUUCGUCACUCCGCAACAGAUAGACCCGUUGAACCCAAAGAGUACCAACGAGUACCCUCUCGCCAAAAUAGUCGCUUUCACCGAACACAAAGACACAAUACGGCGUGGUGGAGUUGCCUCGACUUUAAAGAACUGUGCUUUCCAUGCACAAGCUCACCGAGCAAUACUAUCUCCUGACACAGAAGCUAUCAUCGUUCCUCCAUCGACGGUAUCUGCCCCGGGUAUCGAUGCACUGCCUUCCAUUUUGCUACCAUUAGCGGGCCCAGAGGAACUUGAUCUAGACGAUCAAGAAAAAUUACCAUCUGCACUUCAGCUCCUUCCACCCACGAAGAAGCGGGAAGCAGAUUCUGCCUUGCGUUUGAUGCAUGUUGAAACACUGCUUCUUCUAUGUACUACACGAUGGGGCCGAGACUACCUGAGGGACAACGGGGUGUAUGAGAUUGUCAGAGGAGCACACAUGGAGGAAACCGUCGAAAAGGUGUCUGAGUAUAUCGAGCGCCUCGUCCAGCUUCUGAAGGGCGAUGAAGGUGUAGAAACAACCGAUGGGUCUGACGUGGCACGUGUUGGAGGUCAAGAUGAUGAUGAUGAUGAUAACAGAAUCGAAGAAGUAUAGUUAUGAAAUUAAUUCACUGAUUGAGAUUGUGUCAUAAUUAUAUCAUCAAUAUCUGCGCGAGCUUUAGGAGGUUU